AGCAGAAGAAUCCAGGAUAAUACAUCUCUCCAUUCCUCCCCAACGGUGAUAAAAACCAACGGCAUGAAACAGAGGAGUGAAAGAUGGUGAGGCUUCUUCUCUGCAACUCUUCACCAUCAAUCUCCCCGCCGUCGACGCCGCCGCCGUAUUCGCCGUCGCCGUAUUCUCCGCUGGUGCAGAAAUCAAAUUUAUUCAGGCGUCCAUUAAAAAACCUCGCAGUUUCCCUCAAAACAAGGCGCUCGCACGAAAUUCCGUCUAUUGCGCAAGCCCUAAGUUCAACCCUAGUAUCUGUAGCACUCUCCUUGGGGCUUUUCUACGCAUCUCCUCCAGAUGCAGUCUCGACUGAAUUAGUUACUCCCCAGGAGGAAUUGAAUUGUCGGGAAGAAGACGAUUACGUGGAUGGUAGUUUGACGGCACCGGUUGUGACGAAUGAGGAGAUUGUGGGGGAGGCUUGGCAAAUUGUGAAUGACGGUUUUCUCGACGCCGGUCGGCACCGCUGGUCUUCUGAUUCGUGGCUUAAAAAGAAGGAAGACGUGCUAGGCGCCUCGAUUCAGUCGAGAUCAAGAGCCCACGAUAUCAUUAGGCGAAUGUUGGCGAGCUUAGGAGACCCUUACACUCGUUUUCUCUCUCCGACCGAGUUCUCCAAGAUGGCAAGGUAUGAUAUGACCGGCAUCGGUAUAAACCUACGGGAAAUUCCAGAUGAUAAUGGGGUGACAAAGUUGAAGGUUUUAGGACUUAUAUUGGACGGUCCCGCCCAGACUGCUGGUGUUAGACAGGGAGACGAACUACUGUCUAUUAAUGGGGUGGAUGUGAAAGGAAAAUCAGCAUUUGAAGCAUCAUCAUUGCUACAAGGACCCAAUGAAACGUUUGUCAACAUCAUGGUCAAGCAUGGGAACUGUGGACCUGUGCAAUCCAUAAGGAUUCAGCGGCAGUCUAUUGCCAAGUCCCCAGUUUUUUACCGCUUGGAACAGGUUAAGAAUAGUUCAAGUUCUGUUGGGUAUGUGCGCCUGAAAGAGUUCAAUGCUUUGGCCAGAAAAGAUUUGGUUACAGCAAUGAGAAGACUUCAAGACAUGGGUGCCUCUUAUUUUGUCCUCGACCUUCGAGACAAUCUUGGUGGACUGGUGCAGGCUGGCAUUGAAAUUGCUAAACUCUUCCUCGACAAGGGGGAAACAGUAUGUGUAUCUAAACAUUCUUCUAUCUUGUGUAUCAGCAGUUGCCUUCUUCAUUUAUUAGCCUUAUAGAGAAUUAUGCUGUGCU